AUGGCUACCUUGUCUAUGACAGCCAAAAAUUUAACAACCGAUCAAUCUGCCCUUCUUCAAUUCAAAGCACAUAUCACUUCCGAUCCUUACAGUGUACUGGCGUAUAACUGGUCCAUUUCUAAUCCAAUUUGCAGCUGGGUUGGUAUUUCUUGUGGUGCUCGCCAUGAAAGAGUCAGAGCCUUGAACCUUUCAUUCAUGGAUCUCGGUGGUACCGUCUCUCCACACCUGGGCAAUCUCUCAUUCCUAGUGAAUCUCGAUCUUAGUUACAACAAUUUCCAUGGCCAUCUGCCAAAUGAACUGGGACAAUUACGCCGAUUGAGAGUCUUUUCUGUCGGUAAUAAUAGAAUAAGUGGAGGUAUUCCGGGAUUUAUCGGUCUCUUAUCCAGACUCCAAAUCCUGAAACUCGAAUAUAAUAAUUUCACAGGUACCAUCCCGGAUGUUCUCUUCAAUGUAACUACGCUAGAGGUCUUGUGGGCAAUCGACAAUAAUAUUCAAGGAAGCAUUUCACCAGAGAUUGCAAAGCUCACCAGGCUGAGAGUUUUCUAUAUGGCAAUUAACUUCCUCUCGGGCUUCAUACCUUGGAGUAGCAUCUUCAACAGUUCCUCGCUACAAGGGUUUAGUUUAACCUACAAUUUUAUGUCUGGCAGUGUGCCGGAUGGUCUCUGUAAUCGUCUUCCAAAACUUGAAUGGCUAACUCUAUCUUAUAAUGGACUUUCUGGCCAGCUUCCAAGAAGUUUAGGCAACUGCAGCGAGGCUAAUGGUUAUUCAUUGUCGUACAAUAAAUUCACAGGGCUCAUACCACAAAAUAUUGGAAAUUUGAGUAAGAUUAUGUGGUUGCUUCUUAAUGAUAACAACUUAGAAGGUGGCAUUCCACAAGGGAUUGGCAAGCUGAAGAAUCUACAACAUUUAGCUCUUGGUCACAAUAAUUUAGAUGGUAUAAUUCCUUCCAAAAUUCAAUAUAUAAUUAGCAAUAAAACUAUGUAUACAUACUUUUUUGGUCUCUUCCCGUCAAGCAUCUUAAACAUAUCUUCUCUGGAGUCUAUUUUCCUUGAAAGCAGUGGCCUAUUCGGCAAUCUCCCAGCGGAUAUCUGCAAAUACAUUCCAACACUUGAACAGAUUAAUCUUGAUGGCAAUGCGAUAAGCGGCAAUAUUCCUAAGAAUAUCAAGAACUGUACUUCUCUUACAGCGUUAUCUCUCAGGUUUAACAGCUUAACAGGUGAAAUUGUAGAGGAGAUAGGCCAUUUGCAAAAUCUUCAGAUCCUAAUUCUAGAUUCCAAUAGCUUAAGUGGUGUAAUUCCAGCCUCAAUCUUCAAUAUUUCAAGCAUGGUAAAUAUUAGUUUAACUGGCAAUAAACUUUCAGGCUAUCUACCAUCAACCAUUGGCCAUGGGGUUCCCAACUUGAUGGGUCUUGCCAUAGGGAAUAAUAAACUUACUGGAACAAUCCCCACCUCCAUUACCAAUGCUUCCAAGCUUGCUGUGCUAGAUCUGGCCGUCAACUCAUUUUCUGGGCCUGUUCCAAAUACAUUGGGCAACUUGAAAUUCCUUGAACGGCUUAACCUUAAGACCAAUAACUUCACCACUGAAUCUCCCUCUGCAGAAUGGAGCUUUCUGUCUUCUUUGACAAAGUGCAGGAAACUGAAGAGUCUAGUCUUGGAUCUUAAUCCACUGUAUGGAGUCAUACCACUUUCAAUUGGCAAUUUAUCUGAAACUCUUGAAAUUUUUGUCGCAAGUAAUUGCAAGAUCAAGGGCAGCAUUCCUACAGAGGUGGGUAACUUGCAUAGCUUGAUAAGGUUAGAUCUUUCGGAAAAUGAUUUGAGUGGAUUUAUUCCAACAUCGAUGGGAAAUUUGCAGAAUCUCCAAGGUCUGUGGCUAAAUAAAAAUAACUUUUUGGGAUUCAUUCCUUACGAGCUUUGCCAAUUACACAUGUUAAAUAAACUGCUGUUGAAUGAUAAUAUGCUCUUUGGGGCAAUACCAACAUGUUUGGCGAAUUUGACUUCUCUGAGAGAUCUGCAGUUAGGCUCCAACAAAUUUAACUCUAGCAUUCCCCCAUCAUUAUGGACUCUUCAGUAUAUAUUGCAGAUAAACUUGUCAUCGAAUUCAUUGAGUGGCCUUUUAUCUCCAGGUAUACAGAGUUUGAAGGUCUUGAGAGAUCUAGAUUUGUCAAAAAAUCUCUUGUCAGGAAACAUUCCCACUACCGUUGGGGGCCUUCAAGCUCUUGAAACUCUAUCUUUGGCAGACAAUAGAUUUGAAGGUGCCAUCCCCAACACAUUUGGGGCAUUGAUAAGCUUGGUAUCCUUGGAUCUUUCAAACAACAGUCUUUCCGGUGAAAUUCCCAAAUCAUUGGAGGCGCUCACCUAUCUCAAAAGCUUCAAUGUCUCUGUAAAUAAUUUACAAGGGGAAAUUCCAAGCAAAGGUCCUUUCAAAACAUUUUCUGCUCGAUCCUUUUUAUUAAAUCAUGCAUUGUGCGGUUUGCCAAGGCAAGGGGUUCCUCUUUGCAAUGUUGACACCAUUAACCAAUCAAAACUACUAGUAAUGAAAUACAUUUUGCCUUCAGUCCUACCAAUUUUAUUGGUAGUGAUUGUAACUUUUGUCUUCAUAAGGUAUCAUUAUAAAAGAAAACAUUCUCUAGUUGAUCAAGUUGAUUCGUUACCUUUAGCAACAUGGAGAAGAACAUCAUAUCUAGAAAUUCAACGAGCCACCGAUGAUUUUAGUGAGUGUAACUUGCUUGGUAUUGGCAGCUUCGGUUCAGUAUUCAAAGGGAUACUUUCAGAUGGAACUAUAGUUGCAAUAAAAGUCUUUAAUUUGCAAGUAGAAAGAGUACUUAAAAGCUUUGAUUCUGAAUGUGAAGUAUUGCGUAACAUUCGUCAUCGAAAUCUCAUAAAAAUCGUGAGCAGUUGUUGUAAUACCGAUUUUAAGGCCUUGAUACUUGAAUUCAUGCCCAAUGGUAGUCUUGAGAAGUGGUUGUAUUCUCACAACUAUUUUCUGGAUAUGCUACAAAGGUUGAACAUAAUGAUAGAUGUUGCAUCGGCUCUUGAAUAUCUCCAUCAUGAUUAUUCAACACCAGUCAUCCAUUGUGAUUUGAAGCCUCAGAACAUCUUAUUGGAUGAAGAUAUGGUCGCCCAUGUGGGUGAUUUUGGCAUUGCCAAGCUCUUAGACGAAGGAGAUUCGAAGACACAAACCCUUACAUUAGCGACUAUGGGGUAUAUGGCACCAGAGUAUGGAUCAACGGGGAUUGUGUCCACAAGAGGAGAUGUCUACAGUUUUGGGAUUUUGUUGAUGGAAGCUUUUACGAGAAAGAAGCCCACAGAUGAGAUGUUUGCUAGAGAAAUAAGUUUAAAGAGCUUGGUGGAGGCAUCAUUGCCUGAUACAGUAACAGAAGUUGUGGAUGCUAAUCUAUUAAGAGAUGAGAAUGGUUUUGAUGCCAAAGUGAAUUGCAUGUUAAGCAUCAUGAAUUUGGCUUUGAAUUGUUCCAUGGAGUCACCCGAACAGAGGAUCAAUAUGAAAGAUGCCUUGGCAAAACUCAAAAAGAUCAAAUUGCAGUUUCAGCAAGAUGUAUGA